CGGAACCGACUUUUCGUGCAUUGCGGCACGCUCUCGAAAAACGGCAAAUUACAUUUAAAUUACAAGUGCAUGUGAUAUUUGUAAAUAACAAAAACCAUUAUUUGCUUAUAUAAAUGUUUUAAGAAGUAAUAAUUAAUUUUAUAGUUGUUUCAAUUUGUACUUUCUUAAUUCUUUCUUAGCAUUUAGCAUUAAAAAAUUUCAAUUUGUACUUUCUUCUUUCUUUCCUAAUAUAUACUCUAUUGAAGUAAAAAUGAAUUUGUUAAAAAUUUGUUUUAUUAAUAUGUUAAAAUAAUAUCUUUCAUACGUUAACUAUACGUUUCGAUCAUAGAAGGUCUAUGGUUUCGACACACAAUGUUCGCAUAAGUUGUAAGACUUAUAAGACAUGGGGAGAGUCUGCGCUCUGUGGCGCUCUGCCAGCUCUACCAGCUGUAAAUUCAUCUCUAUUCUCCAUCCAUCUCCAUGCAAGAGCGAGAACGAGAGGCAUUUCAAGGUUACGAGGAUUUUUUCGCCCAUCAUCGUGAUGUACCGGACGUCAGAUGUGCGGACUGUGGGGUCUCGCGCACGCGACGUACCUCUGUCCAGUCGUGAUUUUCAAUCAACCUUUUUUUUCGAGUGGCUCGCGAUAUCGUGAAAUGGAGACCAGGUAACGAGUACGACCGGACGUGAUGAGGGAUUAACCUAGAGCCAGGAGAUUUGAAGCAUAGGGUGACCGUAUCGCACCGUCAUUUAACAGAUACAGUCAACAGUGUCAGAUAUCCCCAACAAAUGUGACACAUUAAAUUUACAAAAAAAAAAAAAAGAUUUGAAGGCCAACCGUAUGUAAACAAGGUACUCAAAUCGCGUUGAUUUCCCUUCAGAGUCACAUAUAACUUUCAGGAUACAUCAUGUCUCGUUUACUGGUGCCCCACAAUCCCACGUUGCUGUCAAAGUGUAUAUUGUUUAGAAAUGAAUGCAAGCAGGUCCAUUAUUCCUGCAAAAUCUUAGUGGUUGGAGGCGGUACUGCUGGCUGCUCGAUGGCUUCGAAACUGUCAAGGAAGUUGAAUGAUCCGAAGCAGAUUAUUGUGCUGGAGCCCAGUGAUGUGCAUUAUUAUCAACCUUUGUUCACUUUGGUCGGCGGUGGUAUCAGUUCUUAUGCGUCAUCGCGAAGGUAUAUGAAAGAGGUUUUGCCAAAGAAAGCAAAAUGGUUGAAAGCUUCUGUCAUCGGGUUUCAACCAGACGUUAACAAAGUGUCGACACAUCAAGGAGAUACUAUAGAAUAUGAUAUUAUGAUCGUUGCACUCGGCUUGCAAUUGUCCUGGGACAAAAUUCCAGGUCUGUUGGACAGCAUACAUGAUCCAGAUGCGCAAGUAUGCUCUAUUUAUGGGCCUGACACUGUGCCUCAAGUUUACCAGAAGAUAAAAAACACUGGACGAGGAACCGCGGUGUUCACAUUUCCAAAUACUCCGGUGAAGUGCCCAGGCGCGCCUCAGAAAAUCGCCUAUAUUGCCGAGGACUACUUUCGCAAACGCAAGUUACGGAAUAACAUCGAUGUCGUAUAUAAUACAGCAUUGCCAGUUAUAUUUGGAGUUAAGAAAUAUGCCGAUUCCCUCUGGGGCGUUUGUAAGCAGAGAGAUAUCACUGUCAAUCUUCAAACGAAUCUUGUGAAGAUAGAUCCGAGCAAGAAACAAGCCACGUUUGAAAAGCUAAACUCACCGGGAGAGACAUUAGUGCAGGAAUACUCUCUCCUUCACGUGACGCCUCCAAUGGGACCGCCUGCAAUUUUAAAGGAACAUCCAGCGCUGACUAAUGAAGCUGGAUUUCUCUCCGUCGAUCCUAAAACGCUGCGACACACAAAGUAUCCAAAUAUAUUUGGCAUAGGCGAUUGUACAAACACACCGAAUUCUAAAACAAUGGCUGCAAUAGCUGCACAGGGAAAAGUGUUGUAUCAGAAUAUAUUAGACGACUUGGAUAAUAAACCAAUGAUGAUGGCCUACGACGGCUACGCGUCGUGUCCGUUAGUUACCGGUUACGGCAAGUGCAUUCUAGCAGAGUUCGACUACAAUUUGCAGCCAAAAGAGACCUUUCCAGUGGAUCAGGGCAAAGAAUUUUAUGCUAUGUUUCUAUUAAAGAAAUAUCUAUUUCCGUUUAUAUAUUGGGACUUGAUGUUGAGAGGUUACUGGAACGGACCAGAAUUCUUCCGCAAAUUUACGAAGUUUCUAAAAAAAGAUCACAAGAAUUAGCUCGUAUAGAAAGAAUUCCGAAGAGAAAUAUGCACCUUUUUUCGCAAUUGAGUAAAAAACAACGUUGUAUAUCUAAUUAAAGGUUGCACACGCGCGCGCGUGUGUUGUAUGUGUGUGUGUGUGUGUGUGUGUGUGUGUGUGUGUGUGUGUGUGUGUGUGUGUGUGUGUGUGUGUGUGUGUGUGUGUGUGUGUAAUUCCUAUCUCCUAUAUAAAAUAUAUAUAAUAAAAUUUAAUAACAUUUAUAAUGCAUAUAUAUGAUGAAUGGAAAAGUAUCUUUUCUACAUUAUUGUAAUGUUAUAAUAAUAUUGUACAUAAUAUUGUUAGAAUAUAUAGUCUAAGUUAUUAAAAGUUUCAUGAAAAUUUUUGUAUUACAGAAAUAUAUAUAAACUGAAGAGAA